CUCUUGUCAGGAUUUUGUUUUGUAAAGAUUAUUUCAGUGUUUGUCUUUAUUCUGAGUUUAAAUAUUUGAAGUUUUUGGUAGUAAUUUGAUUGUUGUAAAAUGUCAUUGUGUUUCAUAAAUCCCAGCAGUUUGCUUUUCUCCUCGUUGUUGCCGGUUGUAGUUUUUGCCUGUUGAUGCUGUUGGCUGGACGCCUGUUUGCAGCAGCAGCUCCUCCUUUCGUCCUCCAUUUGACCCCGACAACAAGCCAGACAAAAACACGGACUCCUCCUCCUCCUCCUCCCUGCCAAACUCUGGACCCUCACACAAGUGAAGCUGACAAAACUCGAACCAACCAGUCUGCCAAAACAAAGUCCCACCAUUUAUGAAGCUGUGGAGACGAUCUUUGCUAGCAGCGCUGCUGGCCUUGGCGGUCGGAGUUUACCUGCUGCCGUCUCCCAUAGAUCCCAAACCGCACAUUCUGAAAGGGCCUCCUCCAGCCCUCCAAGGGCCACUGGCUGUUAACACAAGACUGCAGAGGGGCCGCAGGCUGUUCACUGGAAAACUACACGGACCAGAAUCCUUUGCUGCUGAUGCUCAUGGUAACGUUUAUACGGGGACGGUGGACGGGAAGCUGUGGAGAAUCGGUCCUGAUGACAGCCUGCAUCUCAUCACACACAUGGGACAGGAUCUACCAGAAUGCGGCAGCAGCACCGACUACGAGCCGGUCUGCGGUCGUCCUCACGGAGUUCGCCUGGACCGCCGCGGUCAGCUGGUCGUUGCCGACUCUUACUUCGGUCUUUACAGCGUCGACCCUGAAACUGGAGGAAAGACUCUGCUGGUGGCCAGCACCGACGGUGCUGAUGGCGUUCCCUUCGCCUUCCUGAACGGCCUGGAAGUCUCCUCCCAAACGGGGAUCGUUUAUUUCACCGACUCGUCCAGCCGCUGGGGCCGCAGACACGUCAGACUGGAGGUGAUCGAGUUGAACAGCCUCGGCCGCCUUCUCUCCUUCGAUCCUGUGAAUAAAAAGGUUAUGGUGCUGCUGGACUCGCUCUACAUGCCCAAUGGAAUCGCGUUGUCGCCUGACGAGAACUUCCUGCUGCUGGCUGAGACCAGCAUUGGACGCAUACUGAAGUAUUGGCUGAAAGGCCCGAAGGCAGGAACUAAGGAUAUCAUUCUAGACAACAUGAUCGGUUACCCUGACAACAUCCGCCUUAGCAACCACGGAACUUUCCUGGUUGGCAUGACGACGACGCGAUUCCAGAAGCUUCUGCCGCCCUUCCUGGACAUGAUCGCUCCGUACCCGGCAGUGAAACGCUUCCUGGCCAAGCUGGUUCCUCUGAGCUGCUACAACCUCCUGCUGCCGCGCUACGCUCUGGUCCUGGAGCUGGGAUUGGACGGACAAAUCGUAGGAUCACUCCACGACCCUGAGGGACGCCUAACGUGGGCCAUCAGCGACGUCUUCCAGCACCGAGGCAGAACCUACCUGGGCAGCACUGACUUACCGUUCCUGCCUGUCCUGGACGCCUGAGGAAUGAGCGCACAAACCGUUUAUAUUUGAAGUGUUUUUACUAGAGGUUUAAAAUGGAUAAUGUUUUCAUUUGGGAGAGGAGGCAUAAAAUGCCCCUUUAAGGCUCGUCCCUUUUAAUUACUGCUAAAUCAUGUGUUUUAAGAAAACCUCUAGAGCUAUAAAAGUUUAACUAAAAAUCCCCAAAUUGACUGUGAUUGAAAGUUAGACCUAAACUUUUAAUGUAAACCACUGAAAUAAAUGUUAAGUUUAGUGAAACGUCUUGGUUUCCUAGCAUUGGCUGAAUUUUUAAGUAUCAUAGUUGCAAAAAAGAAAAAAGCAGGGUGGAGGAUUUAAGAUGGCUGCCGCAGAACCAGAUUGUUCUUUUUCCUUUGUUUCCUUUUCUAAUUUCUUUAUUAAUUGUAUAUUUUUUUCUCUCUUUCAUCCUUCCUAAUUAACUAAUUAUCCCUAAAAGUCAGGAAACCAACCAUUUUAAUCCAAUCAGGGUUGUGGCUGAAGGUUGAUUUUAGACACUUUACCAAAUAUUAAUGGAGACAAAUCUAUAAAUUUAGCCUGCACCAUUUAAUUAAAUCACUAAAAGUUUGGAUAAAUAUAUUUAACUGUUUUUGCAAGUGUAAAUAAUGUAAACUCAGCUUUUUCAUGACAUUUAGAAUAGAAGAAAGAAAUUAAAGUAAAAAAAGUAACAGAUUCUUUAUUUGGACAAAAACACGACAUAUUUAAAAGUGCAUUUUUAUUUUUAAACUAAGUGAUCAGUUUGAAGGAAAAAAACUUUUUCCAUGUUAACUGUAGUAAAGAUUAUCAUCAGUAGCAGCUGAAAAAUCUGGAUAUGAUUCACAAGUUUCAUCUUUUUCCCUGUUUAAUAAGUAAUAAGACAGAAAGCAGUGUAUGCUUCUCAAUACAGGAUAUUUUAAAAAUGCUAAUAAAUAAAAAAAAUCCCUUAAAUCAUUUCCCUGAUCCAGCUUUGAAUUUAAAUCAAAAAUAGGACAUUUGGCACUUCUUUUCAUUGUCUUCAAGUUCUUGUCUUAUCUGUUUUACAUGUUUAAAAAAUGUGAAAUUCUUGAUUAAACACUGAAAUGCA